AAGGGGGAAGUCCAAAAUGUCAUCUGGUAACACUGUAUACCAGCUGAUUGAAGCGUCCUACAAUUUAUUCUCAAUAAAUACAAACAAAAAUAUAAAAUAUAUAAAUACAAACAAAAUGGCCACGAAAAAAGUGUGCCGAGUUUGUCAGAAUAGUACCGGCGUCAUGGUAAACAUAUUCGAUGGAGCGGGAAAUCAGGAUGCGGGGAUUUCUGUUGCCGACAUGAUUUCGCAAUGCACUGGAUUUCCAGUUGCAAAGGACGAUCCGUAUCCCGAUACGAUAUGCCUAACUUGUUUGAUGGACACACAGAAUGCCUUCAAGAUGAAGGAAACCUACAAGAGGAGCCGCCAAACAUUUGCCUCUGAAAACGGAUUAAACAAUGAUAUAAAUAUGGAUCUGCUCGAUGCGCGAAGAGACUCAUAUGAAGUUGUAGAUUGGAGCGACACCGAUCCUUUGGAUGCUCAAGAUCCUGGCCCCUCCAAUUGUCUCGUAAAAAACGAACCCAUUAUAGACGGGGUUGAUACAUUUCAAGUAGAAAAUAUAAAUGAUAAUGAACCUUUAAAGUGCCCCUACUGUUCAAAAACCUGUAAGGACGAAUCGCAGCUGAAAGUACACAUCGCAACUCAUGAUACCGAGCCCCCCAAAAAGAAGUGCUGUGAAGAAAUGAAUGAAAAACUCAAUGAUCUUCAAAAGCAAAUGAAUUUUAUGAAUGAUAACAUGGAAAAAAAGCUAAUUGAGAUUGAAAGAAUUUCAAACCUUAUAAAUAACAAAAUUAAUGUAUGUAUUGAAGAAAAUUCUUUGCAAGAGGAAUUUGGAGCAUUCCCUAUCGAAAAUAAAUCCAAAUUGAUGGAAAUGAAUGAAAAGAUUGGAUCAAAUACAUCAAAAUAUAUUAAACUCUUUAGAAACAUGCUCCAUCCUGAAGGUCUAAAAAAUUUGCCAAAAAUUUUGUCUAAAAAUGUAAUAAUUAAUUUAAAUUAUACUGGCGAAUAUGGCAAAACCUCACUAAUCGAGUGUGUGCACAUAAACAACGCCUUAAUGGCGGCUACACAUAAAGAAGGAAAAUCCACCAAAGACUUUGAGCUAGAAAUAAGAAGGGUAAUCAAAAAGUAUAAAAACGAAUAUUACAAAAACAAAACAAAACUACUAAUCAUUGUCGAGGAAGAAAGGAUGGAAACGACAAAGGAUCUUAGUCAGUGCUAUGUGCCACUACCAAAAUAUUCUUUCCAAGUUAAAAACGAACCUAUUUUUGACGAUGAAUUUGCAGAGGAAGAACUUUGCAUGGAAUUUAGUUUUGAGGCGGAUUGCAUUGUAAAGGAGGAAGAGGAGGCCGAGGACAAAAUCGAGGACGAGGCCACUUCCUGCAAGAAUAUCGAGGACCAUACCAUUUCCAUGCCUAAUCAGAAGCAACGUUUUAAUUGCACCUACUGUUCACAAUCCUUCAGCCGCCAAUCUCAUCUAAGGGACCACACUUUAAGACAUACCGGCGACCGACCAUUUCAGUGCUCCUUCUGCCCACAAGCUUUUGCCAAAAGGUGCAACCUUAAAGCCCACGUCCGAACACACACAGGAGAGAGACCAUUCAAGUGCUCGGAGUGUUCGAAGGCAUUUGCAAAGAAAUCAUAUCUUCGCCAUCACAUCUUUACCCACACCGGAGAACGACCAUACCAAUGUUUAAGUUGCCUGAAGACUUUUUCGCAUGGUUCAGCUCUCAGGGAACACACCAAAACGCACAUACAGGAUAGACCUUACAAGUGCUCCCAAUGCCCAAAGUCCUUUGAGAGAAUGAAAACGUUGGAGGUUCAUUCGAGGAUUCACUCGGACGAGAGAUCUCAUAGCUGUACCAUUUGCCAGAAGUUUUUUAAAAAGAAAUUUGAUCUCACCACGCACAUGCGGACUCACACGGGCGAACGUCCCUUUAAAUGUUCACAUUGUUCCAAAUCUUUCACGCAAAAACAAACUCUUAACAGGCACAUCAGGAUCCAUAAGCAAGAUGAUCUGCAAGGAUGACUUUGUAACUUUUGUUGACUUGCGCAUUAAAUGUGGGAUUAUUUUUAUGUAUUUCCGUUUUUAACAGAGUAUUAUUUAAAUGUAUUAUUUAUAAAAGCGCUGACUAAUUUUCUAAAAAUUAUGUUUAUAAUUAAAAUUAAAACUAAGAAGCAGUAGAAAUUUUAUGGCAUUUUUCAAACACAUUUUAGCCAAUAUCUUAGCCAGUUUACAUCCGAUUUGAAAAAGGAGUACCAUUUACAAAUCAGGACUCCAAUCCGCUUCGACCUGUUUCAAAAUAUGGGAGACAAAAUUUUCAUCGAUUUUUGGUAAAACUCGUAAUGUUACCCCUUUUGUGUUAAAAAAACAAAUUGUUUUAAAAAAUCCUUGCAUAACAGAGGGGAAUAUUUUAAAUAUUAAAUCAACAUUUUUUUACACAACUUUUUAUUUAUUAAAUAAACUUUCAAAAUUAAAGUACGUAUACAAAAAAACAUAAUUCAUCAAUACAAAUUUAAUGUAUAGUUUUUUUUUAAUAGUUUAGCAGCUUAGUUUAGUUACUGUCUUUCUUAUUCUAUUAUAAAAAUGAUACAUAAUAUAUUCCAAACUAAUGUAUAGCUUUGGGCUUAAGAAACAUAAUAGAUCUGGUAGCAAUAUAAAAGACUUUAACAAUUUUUCGUGUUAAAAAAAAAAAAAAGGAUUCCAGUCCGAAUUCUAAAAAACACAUCUGUGAACCGCCAUAUGUUGUUGCAAAUGCGAAUGUUUCUUGAAUUUUCUCUGACACUCGGGACAUUUUAAACAUCGAUCUCCCGUGUGAACGCUGUCAAUGUGCAUUUCAAGACUGUUUUCGGACAGGUAUAUAAAUACCCGUACAUCAUUAGAUUAUUUUCUCGAGUUUCGCAAUCUCUGAUAAUUAAGCGAAAAAUAUUUAUUGAUCUUUAUAUUGAUUCUUGAUUAUACUUUUUUCUGAUGAGUCGCCUUCUUUAUAAAGUUUUUACAUUCUUUGUCAAAUUCUCUAGAGGAUUUGCUUUAAAAUUAUAAAAAUGAAUGGGACGCACAAAACGCAUCCGAUUCUGAAACAGAAUACUACAAAAUAGGUACAUAAUUAUGUGAUGUAUAAGAUACAUUCAUUUUGAUUUAUAAAAAAGUAAUAAAUGAAUUUUU